ACUCACGCUUGACCUUAGAACCUGUAGGUCACUCACACCUGACCUUAGAACCUGUAGGUCACUCACAUCUGACCUUGGAACCUGUAGGUCACUCACACCUGACCUUGGAACCUGUAGGUCCUGCACAUGUCAUGCACCUCAUCCUAGGACCUACCUGCGUGUCGUCCUACCAGCCUCAACCAUCAGUUUAACCACCAGUUUAACCAUCAGUUUAACCACCAGUUAACAACGAAUGACAAAAUACAGCACCACAAGUUUACAGUACUACUCGUUAAUAAUUAGCUAACAGUACCAUCAAUUAGCAGUACCACUAGUUAACCGUAUAAUUAGUUAACGACAACAAAACACAGUACCAUUAAUCAUUUGAAAAGUCCAGUACUGACCACUAUGGCAAGGGACACAAUCGACUUCAAUCUUCCGAAUAGCUUCGAUGGAUAAAUGCUCCUCACCCCCCUCUGUUUAGUGGCGAGAUUGGAUAUAGAAGGAUACUUGAAAUUAUUUCCAUACCGGUGAAGUAUACCUUACCACAACUUCUUUCAACUUGACAAUGAAACAGAUUCUUGAUGAAAAACAACUUUAACCAACGAACCAGAUUUUAAUGAUAAUCAACUUCCGGUAAAGCUCAGAUAUCUUCAUCAUCAGGCCGGCAUUAUGAAAUCUGAGGUCCAUUUCAGUGAAACAACAUCGAAGCUCUGCAAUGCCGUGAGAAAAGCCGUGAAGCCGGCACUCCGGCUGAAGAAAUUCAAAGCCCGUGUCGACCGGACGACCGAGGUGCUGAAGAACCGGUUCGCGGACAACUUGAGCAAAGAGCAGGAGCAGUUUUUGAAGAAUACGGCGAAACUGUUGAUGGAGCCGGGCAAGGGGAUAUUGUCUGCUGAUGACUCAGUUCGACAACUGGACAUGAAGCUCAAGGCUAUCAACCUGGAGCCCUGGGAACAACACAGACGACGCUACAACGAGAUGCUCCUGAGUAUGGGGAUGCAGGUCAACUACUACCUGAGCGGGGUGCUCAUGAAGGAGGACGUGGUCACACAGAAGGCCUACAGGGGCAAGAGGCUGACGGCCAUGUUGAAGGAGGCCAACAUUAAACUGGGGAUUAGGGCAGACAAAGGUCUGGUGCCCAUUGCUGGAACCGCCAACGAAUGGACAUCGACCGGGUAUGACGGGCUGGAGGAUGCCUGCAAGCGGUUCAAGGAUCUGGGGGCCGUCUUCACACUCUGGCGGUGCGUCUAUACCAUCGGACCCCACACCCCAUCCCGACUGGCUUUGGUGGAGAACAGCAACACCCUGGCCAGGUACGCCGUCGUGAGCCAGAGGGUGGGGCUGGUGCCCAUCGUCUCCCCCGAGAUGCAUCUGGCAGACGAUCACAGCCAGCAGACGGCCCAGCACGUGCUGAGGGACAUCUUGUCCAACCUGGUCAUCGCCCUGUACCAUCACCAGGUCUACAUGGAGGGCGUCAUCAUCCGUAUCACAGCGGCCAUGCCGGGCAGGAAGUGCCCCAAGUCGUGCUUGUUCACCAGCGUCGGUGAGGGCACGCUGAAGAUCGUCAAUGAGUGCAUUCCUCCAGCUAUUGGUGGGAUCAUGCUAGCCAGCUUGGGAGAUUUGAACCGCUCCAUCGAGGUCCUAGACGAGAUGAACAAGUGCCCCAUCAAGAAGCCGACCCUGAUCAGCUUCUGCUUCAGCCACGUCAUCCAGGACGGGGUGGACAAGAUCUGGAUGGGCCAGGACAGGAACGUGCUGCGUGCUCACGAUGUCUUGAUCGCACGGGCCAAGAGCUGCAGUGUGGCGUCCAUGGGCCAGUGUCAAGAACAGAAUUGUUCCAUGUUCAUCAGCAACAUAUCCAGAUACUGAGAGGGGGGGGGGGGG